AUGAAACUGAAGUGGAUCAUUAUGCUGUUAUCACACUGGACUUUCUGUACUGCAAAGAAUGAGUUCUACUCCUCAACAGAUCAUAUGACACAGCUCAUCGGCAUAAAGAAGCAUUUUUCUCAGUGUCUUGAAAACUACAUUUCAGCCUUGGAAAACCAGACAUGUCUGCUGAAAAGGGUUCUUCAAGGUCUUGACAGCAUCUCUGAUGGUUCUGAAGACCCUGAAAAAUUCAUUAGCAACCCCCUGACAGCAUACAAGCUUGUGAGACAACUAAGAAAUGCAGGCACAGUAUUCGAGGAAGUCACCAAGAAAAGCAUGUCAGAGGAUUUGAAGGCACUAAUGUCAAAGGCUCAGGUGCUUCCCAGUGAAAGUGAUUUGGAAGGCAUUGCAAUGGCAAUGCUUAGACUGCAGGAUGUCUACAGGAUAGAUCCAAAGAAUUUUUCAGGGUUGGAAAAUACACUGACCUUGGACCCAGAUGAAACAUUUCAUAUUGCAGUGGUUGCUCACCAGAAUCAGCAGUUCCAGUCUGCCAGUCUUUGGAUACAGGAGACUCUGAAGAAGCUUGAUGAAGGCACAGAUGCCAUGGUGACCAAACAGGAAGUUCUGCACCUUCUUGGCUCUGUUCCAUUUCAAGCAUGGAAUUUGCCCAUCGCUUUGGGGCAGUUACUACCCCCUGGUAAAUCUAGAUUAUACAUCUUGCAGUUUUCCUUUAAUCAUGUGAUUCUAAAAAAUACAUUGUUUCUGAGACUUAUGGGGCAGGGGUGGGGGGAAGUAACUAUCAUUUCAUGUUUUGUCCUUAACUAUAUUGUUCAGAUGUUGAAAUACUGUGAAUCCAAAGAAGUGUUAAUAAGAAGUUAUUCUAUGAGGUGGUAUAUAAUAUUUACACUAAGUAUGACAUUACAUUUUGACUGGCAGACACCCCAGAGAGAGAAGAAGCUGGCUUGUAGGUACACAACAGGUGGAGGGAACCCUCUACUAAUCUAUGCCCCUGCUAAAGAGGAAGAGGAGUGGGAUCAACCACUCAUCCUCAGAUACCAUGACCUUCUGUCUAUAAGUGACAUAGAAAUCAUUAAAAGACUUUCCAGACCAAAGCUUGAUAGAGCUACAGUUUCAGACCCAGUUGCUGGGAAAAUGGUUUCGAUGGUGCGUGUGUCAAAAAGUGCCUGGUUGUCUGAAGAUGAAAGUCCUGUGGUUGCCCGUGCCAAUCAGAGAAUAGCUGCCAUCACUGGUCUGGACAUGGAAACGGCAGAGGAGCUGCAGGUUGCAAAUUAUGGAAUUGGAGGACAAUAUGAACCUCACUAUGACUCAAGGCUGACAAACGACUCCUACUUUGAACUCCAUGGGGAAAGGAUUGCAACUGUCUUAGUCUAUAUGACUGAUGUGGAAAUUGGUGGGGCCACUGUUUUUCCAAACAUCGGUGCAGCACUUCAACCUAAAAGAGGUUCGGCAGUAGUUUGGUUCAACCUACUAAAGAGUGGAAAAGAGGAUGCCAGGACCCUGCAUGCUGCAUGCCCUGUUUUUGCAGGCAACAAGUGGGUUGCCAAUAAGUGGAUCCACACUCGGGGACAGGAGUUCAGGAGGAAGUGCUCUCUAUCCAUGUUUGACUGAGACUAAGGAGGACCAAGGACCUAAUUUUAG